UCUCAUCUCAAAAACAUAUUCAGUGGUGAGUAAGAACAGAAGUGGAAAGCCUUACUUACCGCAGUUUAUUAUGUGUUUCAUGCCCGUGAUAAUUACUUUUAUAAUGCCACUUGUGAAAAAAUUGAUCAGAUUAGGAUGAAUCACCUUGCUGGCCAACAGUUAUUGGAAUGAUUCUCCACGUGUGACUUCGUUGCACUAUUACAAAAUGUGGCAGGAUAGACCUGCCCAGCCAUUGUUGCCGGUGUUCAUUUGUAAUGCUGCCUUAAGGAGAUGAGGACAUGAAAGCCAAUUGUUCCAGCAGCUCAGCCUGCCCUGCCAACAGUUCAGAGGAGGAGCUGCCAGUGGGACUGGAGGUGCAUGGAAACUUGGAGCUCGUUUUCACAGUGGUGUCCACUGUGAUGAUGGGGCUGCUUAUGUUCUCUCUGGGAUGCUCUGUGGAGAUCCGGAAGCUGUGGUCGCACAUCAGGAGACCCUGGGGCAUUGCUGUGGGACUGCUCUGCCAGUUUGGGCUCAUGCCUUUCACAGCUUAUCUCCUGGCCAUCAGCUUUUCUCUGAAGCCAGUCCAAGCUAUUGCUGUUCUCAUCAUGGGCUGCUGCCCGGGGGGCACCAUCUCUAACAUUUUCACCUUCUGGGUUGAUGGAGAUAUGGAUCUCAGCAUCAGUAUGACAAGCUGUUCCACCGUGGCCGCCCUGGGAAUGAUGCCACUCUGCAUUUAUCUCUACGCCUGGUCCUGGAGUCUUCAGCAGAAUCUCACCAUUCCUUAUCAGAACAUAGGAAUUACCCUUGUGUGCCUGACUAUCCCCGUGGCCUUCGGUGUCUGUGUGAAUUACAGAUGGCCAAAACAAUCCAAAAUCAUUCUCAAGAUUGGGGCCAUUGUUGGUGGGGUCCUCCUUCUGGUGGUCGCAGUUGCUGGUGUGGUCCUGGCGAAAGGAUCUUGGAAUUCAGACAUCACCCUUCUGACCAUCAGUUUCAUCUUUCCUUUGAUUGGCCAUGUCACGGGUUUUCUGCUGGCACUUUUUACCCACCAGUCUUGGCAAAGGUGCAGGACGAUUUCCUUAGAAACUGGAGCUCAGAAUAUUCAGAUGUGCAUCACCAUGCUCCAGUUAUCUUUCACUGCUGAGCACUUGGUCCAGAUGUUGAGUUUCCCACUGGCCUAUGGACUCUUCCAGCUGAUAGAUGGAUUUCUUAUUGUUGCAGCAUAUCAGACAUACAAGAGGAGAUUGAAGAACAAACACGGAAAAAAGAACUCAGGUUGUACAGAAGUCUGCCACACGAGGAAAUUGACUUCUUCCAAAGAGACCAAUGCCUUCUUGGAGGUGAAUGAAGAAGGUGCCGUCACUCCUGGGCCACCAGGGCCAAUGGAUUGCCACAGGGCUCUCGAGCCAGUUGGCCACAUCACUUCAUGUGAAUAGCAGGGACUUGCUGGUUGGACUGGCACCCUUCUUUUUCAGUGGCCAGUAAAGACAGUGUGCAGCUGACACAUGAAUCUUGUUGGUAGGGCCAGUGUGAAUAUUUAAGUGUUCAAUGUUAGAAUAUUUAUAUGUAUAUUUUCUUUUCUUUUUUUU